AUGCGUCUUAUCGACUCUUCCAAAUUCCAAGAAGUUGCUCAGUUGUUGCUCAACGACAUCGUUGUUUCACUGUUACCUCCGACGGUAGCUAAGGAAGGCUUUCUGUGGCAACAUGUUUGGGGCCGUGGUGGUAGGCAUUGGCAUGGCAGGAAAUGCAAGAAUACAAGACAUGCUUGCUCCUCUGCCCUCUAGCGUGGCAGAAAAAUUCUCCAUCAAGGGGUUUGUGUGCAGGAGGACUCUGGGAGACAAGCAGGGGGUCCCACAGAUCCCGCUGGAGGAGGCGCUGUGUAGGAGCGACAUCCAGGUGGCCUUCGUGUGUACGGAAAACGCCAGCCACGAAGAACACAUUCGGCGGUUUCUGGAGGAAGGGAUGCAUGUGUCUGUAGAGUACCCCAUGACCCUUAGUUAUACCGCUGCAGUUGACCUCUGUGACCUGGCUCAGCAGAAGGGUUUGGUUCUGCAUGAGGAACAUAUAGAGCUCUUCACUCCUGACUUUAAACAGCUGAAGAAGGACAUAGCUGGGAAAAAGCUGGAGGAGGGAAGUCUCCAUUUCACAGGAGGUCUCCUGAAACCCGGUUUCGGCUUUCCCUCAUUUAGUGGCAUCGCCCGUCUGACCUGGUUGGUCGAACUGUUUGGCGAGCUCACACUAAAGGCGGCAACGACAGUUGAGGAUGAGGACAAGAAGCAUAUGAAGAUGACAGCCCACUUUUUAACCAAGGAUCAGAAGCCUCUGACCUGGGUCGAGGAGAGGGGCGAAGGGUUGGGCCGGGCCAAGCGCGUGCACCUGCGCUUCGACUCGUGCACGGUGACUGAGCUGCCCGCCGGCCAGAGGGAGCCUGUGGGCCUUUUCAUGCAGGACCUGGUGCUGUUCGGCCGCAAGCUGCAGGGAGACGUGCCGCCCGAGGAGUUGCAGGCGGAGCGGGUCCGGAUCCUCCACUGCCUGAGGCUGGCCGACGGCAUCCGGCAGCUGUGCCACAGAUAGCUGCCCUGAGACACUCUCUCACUGAGGU